UGGUUUGAGGCAACGGUAUACAAUGGUUAUCGUGUAUGGCACAUCAUUUUUUUCAUCAUGACCGUCUUCUUCACACUAGUGGUGUUUAUGUGCUGUUGUGUAAGAUUUCGAAUUCCCAGGACUAAACAAGAAAUAGAAGCUGAUUUUGUACGUCGUAAGAUUGCUACAAAAUUUUGCAAACAAUUACGACUAUUGAGUGAUACCGAAAUGGACAACAUGGACCUGUUAAAAGCACUAAAACGACUUCAGUCAGAACUUGAAAUUCCUAGCAGUAAAACAGUAGAAGAGUCUGAUGAAGUACUAUCAUCAACUAAAACUAUCUCGCCAAGUUUAAAAAAAUCUUCAAAAUCAUCAGAUUUUGAUUCUUCUGUGGAAAAGCUAGAUGAAGAACCAGAAAAUGUACUGAGUGGUCGUCUAGCAACAUUGGUCAACGUUUUGAAUGUUAUGAAACCACGUCGUAAACAUAUAGCUGAUGAAAUUACACCAAAUCUUUUAAAAGUUUGAAUAUAAUAUAAAAGUAUCUUAGUUGAUGAAUAAAAAAUAUAAUGAAUUAUUAUCAUUGUACAAUGUACAUCAAGUUUAAAGUAAUGACAAUUGUAAAGAAAAAGUGAUAGGUCUAUGAUUUAUGUGAAUCUAAACGAAAAAUGAUAAAUAUAGAAACUCA